AAUAGACGGACUCCAGAGAAAAACAAUUAACAGGUGAUUUUCCCUAUUAUUAAAAAAACCGUCUUUCUCUCUCUAAAAAAUUUCUAAAACAUUUCAAAGGCGACCAAAUUCCUCUCUUCUUUAUAUUCUUUCCCAGAUCUCUCUACCUUUAAUUUUCGGAGCUACAAGUAAUUUAUUGGGAUUUUACUGCUGCAGAUUAGCCAAAGGUGGAAACUUGCGGAGUUUCGGAAUUCUUUUUUUUUUUUUUCAUGUUAAAAAGGCAUCUCUUUCAAGAUGGGGCAUCGGAAUACUCAGUUCACUGAUCAACAACAGCAAGGCCACAGCAACUUUUACGGGACUUCAUCGAACUUUCCUCAGCCCAAUAUCCACUCGGUGGUCCCCGCCCCAAUAAAUCAAUCGAAUUUCAAUUUCCACCACCACAUGCCAGAUCAUCAUCAAGACAACCCGUUACUGUACGCCGUGCCGCAGAUGAACGCCGCCCCAUCCAGCCAUUACAACAAUCCGUAUCUACCGCCGCCCGUUCAUCUCAAUCACGGGACCCACAGUAUGGUUGGUGUUCCGUUUAAGAGGAAAAAUGCUGACGUGGCGGCGCACCCUUGGAUCUACCCGUAUUACAACAAUGCUUCGGUGGUGGGCCCCAGUUCGUCUGUUGAGUCCGAUGUUGCUUUGAUGGACAAUAGUCGUAUGAUGGUACAAGGAUGUUUUGUCGCCCCACCUCAUCAAUUGCCCGGUAAUAAUCCGUGGUUGGACAUGCAUUUUGGCUCGAACAAUGGCGAUGCCGGUAAUUUCGCGUGGGCCCACCCUCCUUUGCCCUAUGUGCAAGUUGUCGACGGUUUUCCUAAUGUUCCUCAUCCACAAGGGCAACACAAUCCACAUCAUUGGAUGACGCCAACUAUGCAGGGGGCGAGAGGAGGGUACAACGCCAACAUCCAAUCACAAGUCGCCACGUCAUCAAGAAAUCGAACCCCGGCAAUUAGUCCUUUUCAAGAAAUGGUAGAUACUAGGCCGACAUUCGUAGCCCCUAUUCCAUCUAUGGGCUUUCGAUUGUAUCAGCCACCUCAGCAAAGGGAAAUUGUACUCGGUUCGAAUAUAAGGCACCACACUGUUCCUCACUUGAGAAUUUUGCCAGAAGAUGAAGUUGCGAUACUCGAGAUUCCAGGAUAUCGUGAAGCAGGAGGUUCUAUUGAUCAGCACAGAGAUAUGCGUUUGGAUAUUGAUCACAUGUCUUAUGAGGAGCUUCUUGCACUAGGAGAACAGAUCGGCAGUGUUCGAACGGGAUUGUCUGAUGAAUUUAUUCGUCGGAAUUUGAAAAUAAGAUCUUUUGCCUCGUCAGCAUCUUCCGUCAAUCUAGAAAAGGAAAUUUGCGAGGAUCACCAAAUCAACUUAUGUGUCGUAUGCCAGACGGAUUAUAAAGAAAAAGAGGAGAUCGGAACUAUCGAUUGCGGGCACGAAUACCACAAGGAGUGCAUAAAGAAGUGGCUGAUUGUGAAGAACAGUUGCCCCGUUUGCAAAUCCACUGCCCUAAGCAAUAAGGCCGUGAAUUUGUAGAGAUACAAAUCGGAGCAAAUUAUUGCUCGUCGUAUCAAAAUUUAUUUUUAUAAUCCACAAGAAAAAAAAAGACCGGUUUUUUUUUUCUCGGUGUAUUAUAUUUAUAUAUAUGUGUAUAUAUAUCGGCAGAGAGAUAUGACAUUUGUUUGGCCCUUCUCUCUCUCUCAAUCUCUCUCUGCUUGUGUCUAUGAAACUGUACAGACUUUGUUUAAUUUGUUUGUUCUGUUAUGAACAAAUGGUGUAAUAGAUUGUAGAGAGAUAAAAGAACAUAGUUAAAUAUUGGAUGUGAUAUUAUGUAUAAUUGUAGAAGAAGAAAAACAAAACCAAGUUUAGAAUUUGGUGUUGUUUUGUGGAGGAAGUGAAAAUUGGGCAAUUUUUUUGCUACAAUUUGUGCUUUUUUAUAGGUUAU